CUCUUUUUUUUUUUUUUUUUUUUUUUUCCUGGGUUUCAUCUCUUUAACUUUACCUUUUCUCCUCCUAAAAAAAUACAAUCGUUAAUCUGGUUUCUUGCUGGUUUGAUCUUCUUCUUCUCCUCCUCCUGCUACUUUCAUGGCGGUUUUACCCACAAAUUCAUCAAGCCUGGAGCUCACAAUAUCUGUUCCUGGGUUCGCUUCAUCUCCUCCUCUCCCUUCGUGUGUGAAAGAGUUGGACAUAAACCAAGUGCCGUCGGGAGAAGAGGAAUGGACCGCUGGUGCAACCGUGGAAGAAGAAGAAGAAAGCAGCAAUGGAGGGCCUCCGCGCAAGAAACUCCGUCUCACCAAAGAGCAGUCUCGUCUUCUUGAAGAAAGCUUCAGACAAAACCAUACCUUAAAUCCUAAGCAAAAAGAGACACUUGCAACGCAGUUGAAGCUAAGGCCGAGGCAAGUUGAGGUGUGGUUUCAAAAUCGAAGGGCCAGGAGCAAACUGAAACAAACCGAGAUGGAAUGCGAGUACCUGAAGAGGUGGUUCGGGUCGCUGACUGAGCAGAACCGGAGGCUACAAAGAGAGGUGGAGGAGCUGAGGGCCAUGAAGGUUGGGCCACCCACCGUCAUUUCUCCCCACAGCUGCGAGCCCCUCCCGGCUUCCACUCUCACGAUGUGCCCACGUUGCGAGCGUGUUACCUCCACCGCUCCCACCGCUGUACUUGACACCACCGCCAAAGCAGGACCUCCAAGACAAUCCUCCUCUGCGGCUUGUUAGUAGACUUAAGUUGACGUGCAUGCACCCAAUUAAUUUCAUCACAUAAAAACAACAACAACAACAACAACAAAAACGACGGGUUAGCUAGAGAGAUCGAUUAUCAGUGUUCAUAUAUAUUAGAUAAAUGUUUACACAAGGGCUUUACUUUUUAAUUAAUUCCUAAUUAUCUUAACAUAACUAAUGUUUAUACUUUAGGAAUUUAAUCUAAUCAAUUUAAUUAUUUUUA